AAUAUGUUGAAAUUAUUGAUAUGUUCUUUUGUAAUUCACCUACCAAGGCUAUGCACAAACUCUAUGUAGAAUUACAAAUUUAUGCAGUUCAGUUGGUUUUGUUAUAUAUUUUGUUCAUUUAUUUAGAUUUUUAGUAAGCUUUUCAUUUGGGCUGUCAUUGAGCUGAAAAUGAGUUUUAAUGGGGAUUUGGAGACUCAUGAAGAUGUAAAGAGACCAUUGAUUCAUAAACUAAAUAGUUGGUAUAGCAAUUCCAGGAUUAUCAUUGAGAAAGGUGGCAACAGCAGUCAAGUUCCAGGGGUUACUUCCAAAGGAAGUUCUACUAGUGCUGUACUAUGUACACUUAUUGUAGCUUUGGGUCCUCUGCAAUUUGGGUUCGCAAACGGAUAUACAUCACCUACCGAAAGCAGCAUUAUGAGCGAUCUCAACCUAACCAUUGCUGAGUUCUCUUUAUUUGGAUCACUAUCCAAUGCCGGGGCAAUGAUUGGGGCUAUGGUCAGUGGACUACUUGCUGAUUAUCUUGGAAGAAAAGGGGCACUGGUAGUAGCCUCAAUACCCAAUAUUCUAGGGUGGAUAGCCAUUUCUUUGGCAAAGGAUUCUUCAGUUUUGUAUAUAGGUAGGUCAUUGACAGGCUUGGGAGUAGGAAUCAUGUCAUUUACUGUGCCUGUGUAUAUUGCUGAUAUAGCUCCUAAACACUUGCGUGGAGGUCUUGGCACAGUCAACAUGCUUUCCGUAACAAUUGGUAUAUUCGUGGUAUAUCUAUUGGGAAUGUUCAUUUCCUGGAGACAUCUUGCAAUUGCAGGUGCAGUUCCCUGUAGUUUAUUGGUUCUUGGGCUCUUUUUAAUCCCGGAAGCUCCAAGAUGGCUGGCUAAGAUUGGUAAAGAUUUAGACUUUGAAGCUUCCUUAAAAAUCCUUCGUGGGUUGGACUCUGAUGUUUCAAUUGAGGCAGCUGAAAUUAGGAGUGCAAUGGAGCUUAACAGGAAAGAAUCAAAAAUCAAAUUGUCCGAGUUAUGCCAGCGGAGAUAUGCAUUCCCUCUUACUAUUGGCAUUGGGCUGCUUGUAUUGCAGCAGUUGACUGGAAUAAGUGGCAUCAUGUUCUACAAUGCUUCCAUUUUCAAAUCUGCUGGUAUCUCAGAUGCUGAUGUUGCCUCCCUUGGACUGGCUGGAGUUCAGAUUCUGAUGACUGGAUUCAUUGCAUGGCUAAUGGACAAGGCUGGUAGGCGUCUUCUCCUCAUGAUCUCAUCUGCAGGAAUGGCAGCCAGCUUUUUCCUCAUAGGGGUUGCAUUCUACCUAAAGAAUCAUGUGCUGGGAGCUUCGUAUCUUUCCAGUAUUUUGGCUUUAAUUGGUUUACUGGCUUGCAUUAUCUCCUACUCUAUUGGUAUGGGGGCCAUCCCAUGGAUUAUUAUGUCUGAGAUAUUUCCUAUCAAUGUCAAGGGCGUUGCUGGUAGUGUGGCAACAUUGGCCAAUUUGUCUCUUUCCUGGGCAGUAACAAUGACAAUAAACUUAUUAUUAGAAUGGAGCAAAACGGGAACAUUCAUGCUGUAUGCCCUGUUCAGUGGUCUUACCUUAACCUUUGUAGUACUGUUUGUACCUGAAACUAAAGGAAGAACUCUGGAGGAAAUUGAGGCAUCACACAGAUAAGUUUGGGGCGGUUAGGAACUAUCAAUAGUACUCUUGGAUGAUACAUUGCUAUAUAAGCAUCAGGUGGCUGUGGUUUGUGUAUGCAAUAAAAUUCAUUGGCCAUGAAAUUGAAAGAUAAAGCACCAUACAUGGAAAUAUAUUUUGUCCUCAAAGAUUUGGGUCGGCAAGUCGCACUAAAUUAGGUGACAUCUUUACCGCUGCCCAUAUAUGGAAAUCCAUGGCCUAUUUUGAUAAAUAAACCUUGACAAAAGGGUUUUAUAAUGAACUUUUGGGGCAUUUAUAUAGCAAUGGAUAUUUGGUAUUGAAUAGUGAUAUAUUGUGCUUUAGGCUCUUCAGUUAGCUUAAAAUUAUUGAUUAUAUGGUCUGUAAGAAUUGUACUCCAAAUCUUCCGUGUGAAACUA